CAAACCUAAGACACAAUGGCGUGGUUUUUGAUGGGGUUAUUAUGUUUCUCCAUCACUGGGACUCUCACUGAUGCCGAGUGUCACUGUAACACCACUACUACCUGUGCCGUGUUCCCAUCUACUCCCUGUAGCCAGGUCAGUGUUCCAGACAGAUGUCAGGAAGGAUGGUUCGGUUCCUACUGCCAGAGACAAAAUAUUGCCUUAGGAAGAACUGCCACACAGAACAGUACAUACAAUGAGUGGACACAACGUUUCGAGGCCUGGUACGCCGUGGAUGGCAGAACUACCAACCUCUUCAACAGUAAACCACCGACAUGUUCACAUACAUUAAAAUCAGGGGGUGUCCAAACAUGGACUGUGAACCUGAACAACUCAUACACAGACAAGAUACAACACGUCAAGCUUUAUCUACGUCAGGACUACCCGGAGAGAAACAGGGGCAUGGAGAUAUAUGUUGGUGGACAGUUCUGCUUCCAGUUGUCAACGAACACCAAUCCGCCUGCUAUUGCUGACGUCAGAUGUCAUCAAGCACUGACAGGAAACAACCUUACCAUACAGACAAAUGACUUUCUCGCUCUUUGCGAGGUGCAGAUAUUUGUUUGUAGUGACGGCUGGUUUGGUGAAGACUGUGACAAACAGUGUCAUUGUUCACCAAAGACAGAAAUAUGCGACAAGAUCACUGGGCAGUGUCAGAGAGGAUGUGCACCUGGAUAUAUGAAACCAGACUGCCAAACAGCGUGCCCAAACGGUUACUAUGGAAACUGCAUCCCCAAGUGUGGAAACUGCCUCAACGCUGCCUAUUGUGACAAGGCUACAGGCAUCUGUCCUGGAAGUUGUGAAGCAGGGUGGCUAACAGACACCUGUCUUCAACGUGAGUACAUGUUGCUUCCUCAAAUUGCAAAUGUGUAGUUUUAUGCAUAUUCC